UUUACAGGUUUCAAGGAAAUCUCUGGGAGUGUGGUAGAUAAGGUGAAAAAGCCUUUUACGUAUAAUACGAACACGCCAUCUAAGUUGGACCCCCCCGAUUAUGCUUACCGUAAUCAAAAAUAUCUUUUGUCCAAAAUAACGGAAGUUUUUUGUAAAGAUGCGUAUUUAAAGCUGAUCAUGGCAGAGAAUAUACAAGGCACAUAUAGAGGUUCAUUGGAAUAUGAAAUGGGCAUAGUGUCGGGUAACGUGAUAGACAAAUUCACCCACAUGUUGGAUAUCUACAAGCACUAUUCAACGCCCGAAAUCUUUCACAAUCCUAAAACCGAUGUUCAUGUCUUGAUGAACGCUUAUGCAGCCAUACGGAGUUACUACAACCAGCUGAUAAUAGAUCGCAACUUGUUCGUGAAGUUUGAAAAUAAACAUGACGAAAAGAAUCAAAAAGAAGAUGAUUACUGGGAAAAAAUGUCUGAAAAAUAUAAUAUACCUGUUGAGCAACUGAAAGACGCGAGAGACAAAGGUUUACUUAAACCAGAAGACUUUCCAAAUGAAGAGAUGCCACCAAGUCGAAGAAGUAUGAAAAUGAAAACGACAGUAAAACCAAAAAGGAGUAUUAAGAGGAAAAGAAACAUGAAGUGGGGUCGUCAAAAUAACAAUACCGAAGAAGCGCAAUACAAGAAGGAACUAAGGUACAAGAGUUGGGCACAAAAAUGGCGCGGCUUCAAUCCAGAUAUCGAAGGAAUACAUAUUCCAAAGCACAUAGCCGAUAUUGGUCUGAAAAACUUAAGUGACUUCCUACCGAGUGAAAUCCAAGGAGCCAUUUGAAUGUUUUGUUCUAAAUAAAAUAUUUUG